AUGGAACUCAACCAGUGGUUUCUAGUGCUGACAACCCUCAUUUGGUGCAGCCUGUUCGGUCAACAUGACUGUGGUGUUAGCAAGGAGCAGAUGGAAAAAACGGCCCAAAUGUUUCGCCAGGUGUGCCAACCAAAACACAAACUAUCGGACGAAAUUUUGGAAGGUGGUAAAAGUGGAAUUUUCCCUGAAACAAAGAAUUUUAAAUGUUACGUAAGCUGUCUGAUGGAUAUGAUGCAAGUGACGAAAAAAGGUAAAAUAAAUUACGAAAAAUCUCUCAAGCAAAUUGAUCAGCUCCUACCUGAAGACUUCAAGCCUUCCUAUCGACAGGGAUUGGAUGCAUGCAAGGAUGCUGCUCAAGGAGUGAAGGACCACUGCGAAUCGGCUUAUGUUUUACUAAACUGUUUUUACGCCAACAAUCCUAAGUUUAUCUUCCCUUGA